AGGAGUUUUGUUUAAAUUUCUUUAUCAAUCACACACCGGCCGUCUGCACUCACGCUCGGAUUUAAUAUUUGCCCACGUACAACAUGUCUGCGAAUUUUUUGAUCGCGCUGAUCUGCGUCGCGGAGCUAACGAGCCUGGUGGCCGCGGGCGGGCACGGCGGGCACCACAAGAAGGUGAUCAUCCACGUGCCUGUGCUCGUCAAGCACCACCACCACAAGCACACCAUCGUGAAGCACGUGCACCACAAGCACGGCGGCGGCGGCGGCGAUGACCACUACGAGGUGCUCGGCUACACCUACGGCGCGCCCAAGGCGGCGCCACACUUCGGCGGAGGACAUGGAUGGCACGCGGCAGAUGAGGGCCACGAGGGUCUCGAAGACUCUCCCGUGAGCUUCGACGGCGGAGACCACGGCAGCUACGGACUUAGCAGCGAAGGGCAAGAGUACGGCGGUGGCCACGGAGAUUACUAACCCCCCAUCUCUAGUGUUAAGCUGUUUCCACCGAGGCAUUCCGUGAAUGUUCCUUAACACAACGACAAACUCAUGUAUAUACCUCAAAUUGAAAACGUUUUUGUUUUCGAUUAGUUGCUCAUAAAUAAGACAGUUUAGUUUCGUUGAUGUGAUGUGUUAUAUUAGCCUGUGUUAUACUUCCAAUCCCCUCCGAGGGAAAGUAAAGGUGUUCGGAGUGUCAACUAACUAUUACUUAAGUACAAAAAAAUCUUCGGGUUCAGGUGAAAUCACUGAAAUCGAAACGCCGUCGACAAACGGCGCCAUUAUAAAAUCCGAAGGACUUUUUAACCCCUUACAUUACUUUACAGUGCGUGUGUUUACAAUAAUUAUUGUUAUGAUGUAUCCUCACGGUACUUUAAUGUUUGUUAUAUCGUUUUAAAAGUUGUUGUGAUUUAUUAAAUCCUGUUUUAAAUGGGAUAUCGUUAUUAAUAUUAUAUUUUAUGGUUAAGAUAAA